UUUUCGUUUCUUGUAUAUUCACCCUUUGUUAUGGCGAAAUUUUAUUUUGAUCUAUGUGAAGUUGUUUCUUGUGUGCAAAUUGAUUAUUUACAAUAAUUCGAUAUCAAAACUUAUCUUUAUUAAAUCGUAAUGUCUGCCCUAUUUAACUUUCAGAGUCUAUUGACGGUAAUUUUGUUAUUGAUAUGUACCUGUACUUACAUUAGAUCUAUUGUUCCCAGUUUAUUGGACAGUAGAUUAGGAAAAGUUGGUUUUCAGGGUACUCUUUGGAAGUGCGCUAGAAUUGGCGAAAGAAAAAGUCCAUAUGUGGCAAUGAGUUGUCUUUUUAUGGCUUUCAAUAUUUUGUUUUGGUCAUAAUAUUAUAAUAUCAAAUAAAACUAAGAUUCAAAUAAAUAUAUAAUUCUG